AUGAUUCUCAGCGGAUGCGAAGUCGUUUCCCGCCAGUUGGUGCGCAACCUGCAGCAAGUCAUCCAGCAGCAACAGCCAUGCGGUGUCGACCUCACUCUACGCCAAAUUUCCAAUUGGGCUUCAGCGGCCACGAUUGACGACGAUAAUAGUAAUCUUCAAAAUCCGCAAAAUUGCAUAGCAAGCGUCUUUCCUAGGUCGUCCCUAUGGCGGCCAGGAGUUAGUAUCAAUGCCGGCGUGGUCGAUGCUGGAUAUGAAGGUGCAGUGGGGGCUUUGCUGGUAGUGAUGAACCCCAAUGGAAUUGUUCUUCAUACAAACGCCAAGCUCGCGCAGAUUGUAUUCGAGGAAAUGGGAUACAAUACAGCGGCGUCUACCAGUUCUCAACAAGUAGCGUUGGACGCGACGGGGUAA